AUGGCGCUGGACGAGGAGCACAAGCUGUUCGAGCAGUGCCGUGUCUGCAUCGUCUGCUCCAAUGACCUCCCUCUCGAAACCGCUGAGCAGCUCGCAGCGGUGAUUGAAGAAUACGGCGGCGAACCCUCUAUCCACGAAGCCGGUCCCGAUAAGAAUGAUACAAUCGAGUGCACACAUAUCGUAUCCAACACCAUUAAUUUCCUCUCCUACGACCUCGCCUGCAAGGCUUUUAUUCCGGUCGUCAAGCCGUCAUGGGUGCACGUCUCCCUAGCCAAGCGCAAGAUUGCCAAUCCUCGCCAGCACAGUCCUGAUCCCCGCCUCUUUUUGAAUGAUGUGGUCGUCACCUGUGGCGAUAUACCCGAGGGUGACAAGGAUGCGAUUAUUGGGGGAGUCUUGGCUAAGGGUGGCCUGUAUAGCUCUCGAAUGACCGGUACAGUCACUCACUUGGUGGACUUGACAGCCGACUCGGACAAGGCGCGUUUGGUGCAAGCAAAGAAGAUGCGCGUAAAAAUUGUGCUUCCUCAUUGGUUUGACGACUGUCUGAAACUCGGCCAGCGCAUCAAUGAACGUCCAUACAUACUCCCAGAUCCUGAGAUAUUGCGCGCCGGCCCUGACGACCCCAUCAAGUCGAACGAGAAUAAAGGCUUGGUGGGUGCAUCGACCGCCGACCCGUCUGUCAUGCCGACUCUGAACGCCGUCUCGCGAAAUGGAGAUGGACCGAGUGUCUUUGAAGGGAAAUGCAUUAUGUUGUCUCCAGAUCUGGGCAUCGGUUCGCGCCUUCUUGAUUCCAUCGAGGCAGUGCUCAAGCAAGGUGGAGCCACUGUGACGGGCAAUAUCAACGACGCAGAUUGGCUUGUUUGUCGGUUCCGAGACGGCUUUGUGUAUCGGACGGCUUCACGAUUGGAAAAGGUUGUUGGUAAUCUGGCCUGGCUUUUCCAUCUAAUGACUUUCAACGAGUACACGAGACCUCUGAGUCGUCUGUUGUUCUACCCUGUGUCACGUACCCCGAUUCCUGAUUUCCAAGGGAUGAAGAUCAGUCUUUCCAACUACGUCGGUGAAGCCAGAAUUUACCUUGAAAACCUGAUUGAAGCGGCCGGUGCACAGUGUACAAAGACUUUGAAGCAGGAGAAUACCCACCUGAUCACGGCUCAUGGAAAUAGUGAGAAGUGUGCCGCCGCGAGGGAAUGGGGUCUACACGUUGUUAAUCAUUUGUGGUUGGAAGAUAGCUACGCCGCAUGGAAGCUGCAACCUGUCUCGGCGCCACGCUAUAACCACUUUCCUCCUCGCACCAACUUGGGUGACAUUGCGGGCCAGAAAAUGCUCGACCCCAAAGUCCUUGAGAAGAUCUUCUACUCUAUUGAUGAUACUGAGCACUCGAGUCCGCGCCCCGCCAUGAAAAACAAAGACCAGAAUACGGUGGAAAUGAAGCCUCCUGCCGAUAAGCGACCUAAGGAGGAAAGCAAUGUUCCUGAAACGACCGCGGGAACGCCGCAAGCACAUGGGAAAACCUCUCAUCGACCUUCGGACAACAAGAAACCCCAGACUCCUGCACGGUCUCGGCUGAUACCCGACGGUAAAGAGAACGAGACGCCUUCAACGGGCAGCAGCCGCAAGUCCAAAGAGGUGGCCACCGCUAAGCUCCAUGAGUACGCUCCUGAUCUUGCCCUGUACGAGAAAGAAAGGAAGCGGGUCGGUGGUGUUAUCUAUGGUGGGCGACGCAAGUCUGACGAAAAUCGAGUGUCCGUGUCCGUGGCCGUGACCGAGAAUCCCAAGAAGCGCCACUCGGUUGAAGCUGACGAGGCCGAAAGCGAUAACGAACAAACUGCGGAGCGUAAGCGGCAGAAGAAGUCCCGACCACCUAUCUCGAUGCACCUGAUGAUUACCGGCUACCAAAAGUGGGUUGGAAAGGGGAAUGAGAAGAAAGAAGAUGCUGAUAAGCGAGCCCUUCGAGACCUUGGUAUCAUGGUGGUCCAGGAUGCCCGUCGAUGCACACACCUCGCUGCGCCAACGAUUCUGCGUACCACCAAGUUCGUCAACGCUCUGGCGUAUGGACCGAUGAUUAUUAGCACCGACUUCGUCGACCAGUGUCUCAAAGUGGAUGAGCUUCUUGACCCAGCUGACUUCCCACUGGUGGAUAAGGGAGCCGAAGCGAAGUUCAAAUUCUCCCUUGUUAAGGCGUCGGCCCGGGCAAAGCAGAAUAAGAAUAAGCUUCUGCGCGGCUUCCGUAUCUACUGUGUCGAGGAUAUUCGUGGUGGAUUCGAUGCCUUCAAGUCGAUUGUCGAGGCCAAUGGCGGAGAAUGUCUGCUCUUCCGUGGCCGUCUCGCACUAGCCAACAACUCCCGACGAGAAGAGAGUGACGACGAGGAUAGUGAAAUGGACGAAGAUGAGCCCGGUCGCCACGAAGUCUUUCUUCUGAGCAGUGCGGAACCCAAGCACGCCCGUCUCUGGCCCCGAUUCCGUCAAGUGGCAGGCGACGUCAAACGAACCUCGAAGAUCGUGCGAGUGGACUGGUUACUCGACAUGGCCAUGUCACAGGAACUGCGCACCACCGACGAGUACGAGUUGUCGGAAGAGAUGGUCGGCAACGAGGACGAUUAG